AUGGGCAACCUGCUCGGCGGGGUCAGCUUCCGCGAGCCCACCACCGUGGAGGACUGCGACUCCACCUGGCAGACGGAGUCGGAGCCGGAGCCGGAGGAGUCGGAGCCCGAGGAGCCGGAGCCCGAGGAGCCGGGGCCGGGCGGCGGCGAGGGCCCGGGGCAGGAGCCCGAGCAGCCCGCGCAGCCCCCGGAGCCGGCCGGCGGGCGGCCCCGCGCCAGCCCCGCGCCGGACCAGGACGCCGCGGCGGCGGGCGCCGAGCAGGGAGCUGAUUCCACUGAAGCAACUGCCAAACCAAAGAGAAGUUUUUACGCUGCAAGGGAUUUGUACAAAUACAGACACCAGUACCCACAGAACGUCAAAGAUAUCCGGUAUCAAAAUGACUUGAGCAAUCUUCGCUUUUAUAAGAAUAAAAUUCCAUUUAAGCCAGAUGGUGUGUACAUUGAAGAGGUUCUCAGUAAGUGGAAAGGAGAUUAUGAGAAGCUGGAGCACAAUCACACUUACAUCCAAUGGCUUUUCCCCCUGAGAGAACAAGGCUUGAACUUUUAUGCUAAAGAGCUAACUACAUAUGAAAUUGAGGAAUUCAAAAAAACAAAAGAAGCAAUUAGAAGAUUUCUCCUGGCUUAUAAAAUGAUGUUGGAAUUUUUUGGAAUAAAGCUGAUUGAUAAAACGGGGAAUGUUGCUCGGGCUGUUAACUGGCAGGAAAGGUUCCAGCACCUGAAUGAGUCCCAGCACAACUAUUUAAGAAUCACCCGUAUUCUUAAAAGCCUUGGCGAGCUUGGAUAUGAAAGUUUUAAGCCUCCUCUUGUAAAAUUUAUUCUUCACGAAGCUCUUGUGGAAAAUACCAUUCCCAAUAUUAAACAGAGCGCGCUGGAGUACUUUGUUUAUACCAUUAAAGACAGGAGGGAAAGGAGGAAGCUCCUACGUUUCGCCCAGAAACAUUACACGCCUUCAGAGAAUUUUAUCUGGGGACCCCCUCGGAAAGAAGACGCAGGAGGCGGCAAAGCCCAGAAAAUGCCUGCCCCUCCCGCCUCCAGUCCUAACAGUCAAACUUCUAUGCACAAAAAAUCGAAAGACUCCAAAACUUCCUCCUCAGCAGCUCCUGUAAAUAGCAAAGCAGCUGAAGAAAACAUAGCGGCGCCUAAAGAGCCUGAGGAAGUCGCAGACAGGCCCUGCACAGAGCCCAGCAGCGAAGCCGCCAGGCCGGGGGACGCAGAGGAUGGGAACGCUGAAAGUCCAAAUUCUCAACCAGAAGAAGCAACGAGUAAUCCCACAGAGAAAACAGAGAGUGCAUCUCCUCCCGAAAAAGAUGAAGAAGGUGCAAGUCAUAGCAAAGACUGUGAAAGUCCUGGAAAUACAGCUUCCCAGGAUGAGGUACUGAUUCAGUGA